CCUCCAGACAUUUUCAGGUGAAAUCUGAGAUCUUUGAGCUUCUGUUGGUGCAGGACUGGUUUUCAACACUCACCAUGAGGACUGUGUCAGGGAGCAAGUCUCCAGUUCUGUACCUGCUUGGGAUUCUGACCUUACUCCUCUGCCCCACCAGCCUACAUGGUUGCAGUUCACCACCCAGAAUUAAACAUGGACACUUUAGAUAUACUAAUACAGGACUAUCAUUAACUGAUGUGGUCGAGUAUGAAUGUCAGGAGGGAUAUAUCCUUGUGGGAGAGGCUAAAAUCACCUGCACGUUUUUCAAAUGGUCAGCACCGGCUCCUCAGUGUAAAGCUCUGUGCCUAAAACCAGAAAUAACAAAUGGAAAACUGUCUGUGGAGAAGGCUCAGUAUGUCAACCCUGAAGCUGUCACCAUCAAAUGUGACCCUGGCUUUAGGAUAGUUGGUUCCCAGAAUAUCUCUUGCUCAGAGAACAAAUCUUGGAGUCCGGAUGUACCCAAGUGUGAGAAGGUAGGCACUAAAGGUUGUAAGAAAGUCUUCGAAGGCCAAAAUCUCUUACAGUGUCUCCCAAAUCCCUUGAACUCAAAAGUGGCCCUGGAGUUAUAUAAAUUGUCUCUGGAGAUUGAAAAACUGGAGGGAGAAAUAAACAAAGAGGAAAUUGCUUGAGGCUUCUCUUGGAUACAUGCUCAAGAAAGAAGUUACAGUAUCCAUAUACUUCGCUAUGCAGGAGAGUUCUUGCCCAAUACACAGUAUCUUUUACUUUACUAAUUUUUGUUAUGUCUUUCUAAUUAUCCUUUGAAUAGCUGUGAUUCCUGAUGCUCAUAAUUCACAUCUUCUCUCUUUUUGGUCCCUGGGGUUGGAUUUAUCAACUUUAUUGAUACAUGUUUUAUGGCUUAGAAUGUAGCGCUUGCUAAAUGUUCCAUGUGUUCUUGUAAAGACUGUGUAUUUUGCUGCUGAGAGGCACUUCCUAUAAAGGUCAAUUAGGUAAAGUUGGUUGCUAAUAUGGUUCCAGUCUUCUCUAUCCUUGCCGAUUUGCUGUCUACUUGUUUUAGCAAUUAUUGGGAGAAGGGGUAUCAAAAUUCUCCUUGUAGGUUUGUCUGUCAUUCCUUGCAGCUGUUAGUUUUUGCUUCAUGUAUUUUUAAGUACUAUCAUUAGAGGCAUAAAUGUUUAGAAUUUGUAUGUCUUCAUGAUAAAUUGAUUCUUUUAUUAUUGUUUAAUAAACUUCUUUAUCUUUCAUAAUGUUCUUUGUUCUCAAAUACACUCAAACAUAUGUCUGAUAUUAAUAUAACCACUUAACCUUUAUUUUUCUGUAAAUUUCUGGAAUUCUGAGAGCCAAAAGUGUGUAAUUUUCAGUAGCUACAUUUCAAAAGUAGAAAUAAACAUUUGAAAUUAAUUUCAAUAAUAUAUUUUAUUUUACCCAAGUUUGCAAAAUAUUCUCAUUUUGACAAGUAAUCAAUGUAAAAGUUAUUAGUGUUGUAUUUAACAUUCUUUUCCCCAUACCAUAUCUCCAAAAUGUAAAUGUAUAUAUUUACAGGAUAUCUAAAUUUAAACUCACCAUGUUUGAAAUGCUCAGUAACCACAUAUGGUUAAUGACUAUCAUAUUAUAUAAUGUAAUUCCA